UUAUAAGCCUCAAAUCUUGUUGUCUGAACUCUAGGUGUACGUUUGCGACGAGCCAUGGCCACCACCACAGCAGCAGCAGCAGCUACAUAUUUUAUUGGAACCCGCCUCCCUGACGUGUCCUCUAAUUCGGGCCGGGUCCUAGCCCGGUUUGGGUUUGGCACCAAGAAGGCCAGCCCGAAGAAGAUUCCGAAACGCAAUUCUGAUCGUCCACUGUGGUACCCUGGAGCCAAGGCCCCGGCAUGGCUAGACGGGAGCUUGGUUGGUGACUAUGGGUUUGACCCCUUCGGGCUCGGGAAGCCAGCGGAGUACUUGCAGUUUGAUUUGGAUUCAUUGGACCAGAACUUGGCGAAGAAUAUGGCUGGUGAUAUUAUUGGGACCCGGUUUGAGACCUCUGAUGUGAGUUCAACUCCGUUUCAGCCGUACAGUGAAGUGUUUGGGCUUCAGAGGUUCCGUGAGUGCGAGCUCAUUCAUGGCCGAUGGGCUAUGCUGGCCACUCUUGGUGCCCUCGCCGUCGAGUGGCUCACAGGGGUCACCUGGCAAGACGCCGGCAAGGUGGAAUUAGUUGAAGGGUCAUCUUAUCUUGGCCAACCAUUGCCAUUCUCCAUGACAACAUUGAUAUGGAUCGAGGUUUUGGUAAUUGGGUACAUUGAGUUUCAGAGGAACGCGGAGCUUGAUCCUGAGAAGAGGCUUUACCCUGGAGGAAAGUUUUUUGACCCUCUGGGAUUGGCCGCAGAUCCUGAAAAGAAAGCCACACUUCAAUUGGCAGAGAUUAAGCAUGCCCGCCUUGCCAUGGUUGCUUUCCUUGGCUUUGCUGUUCAAGCUGCUGUUACUGGAAAAGGCCCUCUCAACAACUGGGCUACUCACUUGAGUGACCCUCUUCACACAACCAUUAUUGAUAACCUUACUUCUUAAAAGCUUUAUGUAGUCUUUGCCUGAGAAGUAUAUGUUAAUCGGAUCGAUGAAUUUCGAUUUCAGCCUUCUGGUGUGUAAAAAUUUGUAACAUUUGACAGUAAGAGGGGAAUGUUAUUGCUGCAUAUUGUGAUCA